CAGUGAGGCCGAUUUUCGGAUUCAUCUUUCUUCCUUAUAUCUCCCCAUAUCCUAUACAUGACUUCCCACCUUCUUUCACUCCCCACUUUUCGUUUGUAGGUAAAAAAUACGGUUUCAUUCAUUCGACAUGAAGAACUUCCAACGUCUUAUUCAAUCUCAAGGUCGUCUCGCCGCUUCUUCUGCUCUUGUUCGUCCUUCCCGUCUGGGUUUUGCUUCUGCCGGUCAGGUCCGCUUUUCCAGCAAUCACUCUGCUUCUUUGGAAGAAAUUAAUACCAAAUACAAUGACUUCUUCUCCACUGUUCAAGAUCAAUUUGAACUUCAACGUGGUCUUAACAACUGUUUCGCUUACGACAUUGUCCCUUCUUCUGAUGUGAUUGAGCAAGCCAUCCGUGCUGCUCGUCGUGUCAACGACUUCCCCACUGCUGUUCGCAUCUUUGAAGGUGUUAAGGUCAAGUUACCAAGCAAAGAACAAUAUGCUGCUUAUGUGAAAGAAUUGAAGCCCGUUUGUGAAGAGCUUGGUAUUACUUUGAAGGAAGAUCUGUUCCAUUAAAGCAGUCUUUCUUAUUUUGAAAGGAUUCCUUCCUCUUGUAAUCUCUUCUUUGGACUCUCUUUUCUUCUUACAUCUCCCCUUUAUUGUAUUUUUUUUUUAAAAACUCACUCUGAUUAUGUUGCAGCAUGUCUAGGUCUCCCUCCCAAUGGCUCAUCCAUUCAUCUCUUUUUAAAAUUAUUCACUGCUGACCUGCAUUCUUCUACGUCGUCUUUUUACCUAGCCCUACCUUGUUUGUUCAUCUUUUGCCUUGAAAGAGGUAUAUAUCAUGUUCAAGGAAUAGUGAUGGGUUCUUUCUUGCUUUCGAAAUAUACUACAGAUAAUAAGAUGAUUUGCAACUUCCUUGCUUUUUGUAUUGAGAUUUAGCUCCUUAUGUACUACAUCCUUUGUUCUUUGGAAG